AUGGGAACCCGGCAGUCACGACCCCAGGCUCAGCAGACUCACUGGUGGAAUGAGGAAAAACAACCAGAAGCAACUGAAAAAUGUUAUAAUCCUACAGACCCGCUGACAUUUGUUGAAGGAGAUGAUGAAAUGGACUUUCUAUGCAUUGGUUACACGUCUCUGAGAGCACGGAUGUCCUGCGGCCACACUGUAACUCCAACGUCCCUCACAGUAUGGUGUCGGAGGCAGCUGGAUGAGGGGUCGAUGAAGUUUGUGUGCGGUCUCCCGAACUGUGACGCUGAGUGGACCUAUGAAGAAGUUUGUAAAAUGGCUCUUUUGACACAAGAAGAAAACACGUACUUUGAGAAUAAGCUUUUUAGGAAUUCAAUCAACGUCACUCAGGACGUCAAAUCUUGUCCUGGCUGCAAGUGUCGCGUCGUGAGAGAAGAUCCCAACGACCUCUGUGUGAUAUGUCCCAAAUGCUCGACCAACUCUCAGCCCUUUAUAUUCUGCUGGCAGUGUUUGAAGAAAUGGAAAGGCCCUGCACCGGCUUCAUAUCACUGUGAAAACGACGACUGCUGCUAUGAGAAACAGCGCAUUCUGGAAAACUGCCCCAUAAGGAACUUUAAGCGUGUAGCAGGGGUUAAAGGCUGUCCGUGCAUUCGAGCCUGUCCUGCGUGUGGCUUCCUGCUGGAGCACAGUGGACAGAACUUUAUUUCCUGA